AUGUCGAAGCUAGAGAUUAAGCCCAUCUUUUCCAAAGUGCCCAGCUUUGGCGGCCAGAGGUUAGGCAGCAGAAUUGGAGAGGUCCGGGCUGGGAACGCUGGGGUCCCCAAGGGUCUCUACCCCAUCCCCCCGCGGGGGUGGGCGGCCGCGCUCUGGCCCCCGCGGGCCCCCAUAGCGGCAGUUACCAUGGCGUGGAAUAGCUUUACGGGAACAUUAUGGACCAACAAGUUCGUCCGAACCAGUGGCCCCUGCGACCCCUUGGCUUUGGAGGAACCCGAUGGGGAAACAACAGGGCUUGCGAAGCCGGAGGAAUCACGAUGGGGUGACCAUGAGCCGCAUUCGAAGAUCCCCUAUAAGAUCUUGAGAGGACAUGAUCACGUCGUGAGUUCCUGCCAUUUCUGCUUUGAAGACACUAGGAUUCUCUCUGGUUCCUACGACAAAACCGUAAAAAUUUGGGAUGCUGCCACAGGAGUUAAUAUUCAUGAUUUUGAAAACAGUCAUACAGGUCCCAUUUCAGAAUGCAGCUUGACAUCAGAUAGCCAGAGAGUUGUUACAUCAUCCUAUGACAAAACAAUAAAGGUUUGGGAUAUGGAGAGAGGACAAGUUCUGUGGUCUUUCUACCAAGAGAACAUUAUACUGUCAUGUAAAAUUUCUAAUGAUGGUAGAUUUGUGGUCUGUGGUUUGGAUGUAGACAAUGCAAUCUGUGUCAUUGAUGCAAAAAAUGGGAAAGCCAUCAGUUAUGUCAAAGAUCACCACGAUAGACCAGUAACCACUUGCUGCUUUAAUUUUGACAACGUUCGAGUAGCUUCAGGAUCCUCUGAUCAUAGUGUGAAGAUUUGGGAUAUAGCAGCUCAAGCCACGCUUGUAAAAAUUCACCAAGCGCAUUCCAACAUUGUGGCAGAUUGCUGUUUUACUUUCAGUGGCCAUUUCUUGUGUACAGCUUCUUGGGACAAAACCUUAAAAAUCUGGGAUGUAAAUGCAGGAGGAUUUCGAAAAGAGGGGGCCUGUGUAACUCUGAUGGAAGGUCAUGAAGGUUCGGUCAGUUCCUGUCUUUUUACAAGAGAUGCCUCACUUAUUGUAUCUGGAUCAUAUGACAAAACGAUAACUGUCUGGGAUGUGGCCGGAGGAUAUAAAAAGUGUAUGUUAAAGGGACAUGAAGACUGGGUGAUGGAUGUUGCAAUUAGCAACAACAGAAAAUGGGUUCUUUCUGCUUCAAAGGAUGCUACUAUUAGACUGUGGAACAUUGAAAAGACUGAUCAAAUUCCUAUGUUAAUAAAAUACAGAAAAUUUAAUGACUUACAAAUAUUGCAGUGUGAAAAAUGUGAAAAGCCUUUCUCACUUCUAAAAUUGGAUGAGGACUUAGAACCAGUACCCAAAUGUCUCUUCUGUCGAUUGGCUUCUCCUUCAAGAUAUGGCUUGCCACCAUCACCUGGGGAUUGUAAAGAUAAGAAAAUUGAAAUGAAGGAACCGAAGAUGUGAAGUCUCUGUCUGUACUGUCCUGGGGUACGCAAGUGGUUUGUAGACUCUGGCCUUCCACAUGAGACCUGCAUGAGUGAGCAAGAUGGGCCAAUCUUGGGGGGAUGAUGGAACAGAACAGAACAGAACAGUGGUGACCUUAUCUGGAAUAAAUAGUUUAUUUAAGUGAACAGAUCUAAUAACUGGAUUUCUUUGAGGGAAAAAUUGAAUAUGAAUUCUGAAAAUGUUACUAUGCUUUGAUUAUAUACAUUGUAGAAUCAUGUUACUGCCUUUAUACGUAUCUCUGAUUAUAUUUUACUCUUUUAAUUAGGAGAUCCAAAUGGUUUAUACUUCUAAGAAUCCAUAGGCACUUAGCAUUAUCAUAAUGCUGUCCUUGGGAGCCAGAGACUGAUUUCUAGCCAAAGCAUUUUAUAAUGAGGUGUUGGGGUUAUAUUUGUGAAUAAGUUUCCUUAGAUAGGGAUCAAGACAGAUGACAUCAUACAGUUUUUAUUCUUGAGCAAAUAUUGUUAUGAGAUGUCGAUGUUUUUCUAGACCACAAUUAUUUCAUUGUUAUGUAUACCAGAAUGUCCCCGGUUUUCAGAAUUGGUAUGUAUAUGUGGUAUACAUAUAUACAUACAUCAAUUGGUUUACACACAUGUAAUUAGAAAUAAUAUAGCUGUAUUUUACAUUAUAUAUGUAUAUUAGUACAUGAUUUCACAGUAGAAUUAAAAUGACUUUGAAAAAAGAAUAAAAUGCUUCAGAAAAAUUUGAACCCUAUAUUUGUCAGGCACAUGCUUUAAAAAAGUGAUGUUUAAGUUUCUGUUCGACUUAACUAAUAUACCAUUUUCUAAAGUGUAUUUAAGAACAUUGUCACAGGAUUAAUAUGUGUAUAACUAAUUAUCGGGUAUUAGAAAUUAUUAUAUAUGUAAGACUAUGAAAUAUCAACAACUAAUAAAAGAUGAGUUCCAGGAUGACUCCUCAUUCAACAAACAGACAUUUCUGCAAACUAGUGGUUUUCCUUCUAAGAUGAGGCAAGGGAUGGAGGUGUUUGAUGUAGCUGUGGCUCAACUGGGAAUGAGGUUUAAGCCAGCUGAAGAGAGAAACUUACUUCGGUAAGUAGGAUUAUACAGAGAGUAUAUUGUCUUCAAAUAAUGUAAUGCAGGUUAUUAUUAUCAUCUUGACUGGUGCAGUGGAUGGAGUCCAGGUCAGGAAGACUCAUGUUCCUGAAUUCAAAUCUGACUUCAGAAACUUACUAGCUGUGUGACUCUGGGCAAGCCAUUUACCCCCUUUUUGGGUCAGUUUCCUCAUCUGUAAAAUGAACUGGAGAAAGAAAUGGCAAACCAGACCAAUAUCUUUGGCAAGAAACUCCAAACUGAGGUGGUAAAAAGUGGGACACAACUGAACAACGACAACAUAGUAUUGGUAGCUCCUGAAUCCAUCCAAAUGAGGUAAUAGUUUAAAAGUAAAUAUGCCAGGGGUAGAAAAAUGGGGUGGAAGGAGGAGACAUUAGUCUGAGAACCAGGCCCAGAGACAGGAAAUUUUGGGUUCAAAUUUGACCUUAUACGCUUCCUAGCUGUGUGACCCUGGACAAGUCACUUAACCCCCAUUGCCUACCCCUUACCAUUCUUCUUCCUUAGAACCAAAACACAGUAUUAAUUCUAAGAUGGAAGGUAAGAGUUUUAAAAAAGAAAAAGUAAAUGGACUUUAUUUGGUGACUGUGCUGAUCAAGUUGUAUUUAUUAUGUUCCCUUACCUUAUUCAGUGAAGGUAAUGAUGGGAAGUGAGAGACCACUGAUUUUUUGUUUGCUUGUUUGUUUGUUUGAGGAUAAAAAGUUUGCCUUAGUUUAUGAAAUUACUAUAGCUAAACAAUUUGAGUGAUAAGAUAUGAAAUUUGAAUUAUCCAGAAGCAAUGACCUUGCUUGAAUUUAAUGGAAUCACUUAGGUUAGAAAUGGAUUUUUGUUUGUUUGUUUUUGUUUCCAUCCAGCCUCUGAGAAACAGAAGUUCCUGGCUUGACUCCCUGUCCUCAAAUUCUUUCUUUUAGUUACUUUGAUACUUUGCAGAAUAAUGGAAUGGAAGGGAUCUCAGAGGUCUAAUGCCAUUCAUCUUCAAGCAAGGAUCUCUUGUACAACAUCCCCAACAAGUAACUGUCAGUAAGGGGGAAUCCACUGCUUUCUCAGCCAGCUUAUUCCGGUUUUACUGGGACAGUCUGGGACAACUAACUAUGAGGAAAAUUUUCUUUACACAGAACCAGAACCUGUUUUUCUGAAACACCUGCCCAUUCUUCUCCGAGAUUAAAAAAGAAGAAAUCUGAUCCCUCUUCUACAUGAUAUCCCAUCAAACACUUCAAGAUAACUAUCGUUAUUUCCCAUAAGUCUUUUCUCCCUCAGGCUAAAUGCCCCAGUUUCUUUAAUAAAUCAUUAUAUGAUGUUGUCUCCAGCCCCUUAUCAUCCUGGUUUUCCUCCUAAUGAUACAUUUAUUAUUGUCUCUCUUAAAAUGUGGUGCCAAGAACUGAACAUAGCCAUAGCCCUUUAGAUAUGGUCUGGACAGGGAAGAAAGCACCUCUCUUGUAUGUCUCAAUGCAUCCAGAGUGAUAUUAAAUUUUUUGACUGUCACAUCACACUGCAAAUUCAUUUUGAUCAUGUAAUUCAUUAAAUUCCCCAGCUCUUUUCCAAACAGCCAUGCCUCUCCUCCCCAUCUUCUCAUAUUUUGAAGCUGAUUAUUUGAUGGGUUCAUAAUCUCAUCAGGGUGGAUAUUCCCUUUACUCAUCACUGUGGAUAUUCCCUUGACUAGUGGAGAUCUCUUCACAUUGAUGAAUACUCAUCCUUAGUGACUCUCGUCUAUGUCCUUUCAUAAAUUUGGGGGGAUUUAUACUAUACACUAGAGAUUUUUCUCCAGGCCCUUUAAUAUUUUGUGAUUGUAUUGAUGUGCAGUGCUCAAGCUGUACACUUGUUAUCCCUUGAUCUGGCUCUCUGACUUAUCAAUCUCCUUCUCCAGACAUACUUAUAAUGGAUGGUCUCUUUGAUAACACUUAAAAAAUGGUUACAUUUCACAAGAGAAAUUUCCUAACAUCCAAACAACUCCUGAACUUAUUCCCCCACAACAGUUAAGCAAAGGUGCCUAAUUGCAUGCUUGAAAUUGACAGAACAUGACAUUUUCCACUUUUGUAGCUUACUGAAAAUAAUAUAUACCAGCAUUGUUAUAUCUGACUCAUUUAUUUUCUCUUAUUUUUAAUUUCAUUUACAAAAUUGUAGUUGUGUAUAUUAUUCUUCUGGCUCAGCUUUCAUUACUUUGCACUGCCUCAUGCAUAUCUUCCCUUAUUUUUCUGAAUUCUUUUUUAUCAUUCCUUAUGCAGUAAUAUUACUAGAUUCAUAUAUCACUUGCUUUAGUCAUUCUAUAAUUAUUGGCAUAUACUUAAUUCCCUUGAGGACAAUAACUGAUUUCUUUUUUGUCUUUAUAUU